AUGGCUAAAUUACACGCGUUUCCGGAUGCCCCGCCUUCCCUCGCGGAGCUCUGGGACUACGAUGACGUGGCAGUCGAGGUGCUUCGCUGCCUCCCGCCUCGCUGUCUUUGCCGAGCCGCGGCGGUAUCUCGGCGGUGGCGCAGUUUAGCAGCUUCCGACACUCUCUGGUCCGAAAAGGUGGCGCAGGUGCUAUCGCUCCCCGCAUCCGCCGCGAAGUCUGCACUCCCGCUAAAGUCACAUUCCGCAAAGGCGGGAUCAGCGGCGCAAUUGGCCUCCCCUGGUACACCGCAACCGCCGCCGCACGCUGCGGAACAGCGUGGGGCGAACGAGAGUGAAGCGCAGCGGGUUUACGCAGAUGCUGGUGUUUGCUUUGCUAGCAGCGCCGCGCCGCUGCUGCCGUUCUCCCCGGUGUUACUAGCUCCGCCAAUUGCGCCCUCGGCCGGAUCUGCCUCCCCCGGUCGGCACGGAGGGGGGCAAGAGCAGCACAUGCACAGCCACCUUCCCCUGAUCGUCCCAGAAGGUUCCUGGAAAGAAGUCUACCGCGGGCUGGUGGAGCUGGAUCGCGAGUGGAAGGUUCCUCCGCAGCUUCCUCUGCAGGCGGUGGGGAGUUCGAGCGAGGAGGAGGGGUGGGGCGCCGAGUGGACUCUCCGAGACGACUUCUUCUGGUUCAGCCAGCCCUUCUCCCGACUGCAGGAGGCGCGGGAGUCGCUCACGUUCCGCCUGGACCUGCCCCUGUGCCUCGUCACGGGGGUGGAGAUCGUUUCCGGGCAGGAUAUCUGGAACGCCGUCUGCCCCAACUUCCUCCAGGUCCAAGUGGGGUUCUCCCCUUCCGCCUUCCCCUUCUCCUCUGCGUCCUUCCCCCUGUCCCCCGCGCCCAUCUCCCACCUGCUCCGCCUCCCCCCCUCCGCGCUCGCCCUGGGGAACCAUGUGCGCCUGCUGCUCUCAGGCUCCCCCUGGGGGGAAGGUGGAGGGGAAGGCGGAGGGAGAGGCGGGGGCGAAGGUGGAGAGGAGGGCUGUGAAGGGGGCUGGGGGGAAGGGGGUGCUGGAAGGGGGAGUAAGGGGAGGGGGAAGAGUGGGGAGGGGGAAGGUACAUGUGAAGGUACCUGCAGUGGUGGCUGCAUCAGUGGAGCUAGUGAGAAGAGGGAGGGAUGGGAGAGAAAGAGGAGAACAGGGAAAGAAGAGGAGGAGGGAGGGGGUGAGAGUGGCUGGGGGGUGGACAGUGGUGGGAGCGACAGCGAGAGCACCAAUGAUGGCGAUGAUGAUGGUGAUGGUGAUGGUGAUGGUGAUGGUGGUGGGGAGGGGUGCAUGUGGGGGGGGGUGGAGUGCGAGUGGAGAGCCCUCAUGAGGCAGGCUCGUGGGCGACUGGCAAGACGCAUACACAGAACCCUCUCCUGCAGUAGCAGCAGCAGCACCGACAGCAUCAGCAGCCUAUAUUCUACCUCCUCCCUCUCCCUCGUCUCCCACUCCCCCAUCCCCUCCCGUUCAACCUCCCCUCUCCGCUCCCCUUCCUCCUCCUCCCCCUCUCGCCCCUCUUCCCCAUCUCUCUCCUCCCCCUCCCUCCCGGCCUACCUUCUCGCCCAAACCGCCUCUACGAGCCCCCAUCGCCCCGCAUACAUCCUCCCCCAGGACGCACCUCCCCCUCCCCCCCGCUUCUGCAUAGAGCGAGUGCGUGUCUUUGGCAUUCCCCUGGGGGCCCUACCCCCACAGAAUACCCUGCAGGCUGCUCUGGUGCGGUAUGCGGUGGGGAGGGAUGGCGGGGAGUUGAAUGCGGUGAUGAGGAGUGCGGUGGGGAGGGGUGUGCGGGAGUUGGGGAGUGUGGAGAGGGUGGUGAGGGCACUGGGGGAGAACCUGGUGGAUGCUUUUGCCUCCCAGGAGUGA